AUGAUUUUAACAAUAUUGCCUCCAAAUUUUUCAUUUGACUUAAGCCAGUUAAAACUUUUUAGAUAUUUUAUAUUAGAUUAUAUAAAAUAUUAUAUUAAAAAGUAUUUAUUAAUAUAACAGUAACAUAAUAAUACGUCAGAAAAGUAAGAAUUUAUAAGUUCUGAUUUAACGUAUGAAUUUUAUAAAUUGCAUCUUCAUAUCCAAAAAAUAUAUAUUAUAAUGCAAAAUCAAGUUGUUUAAAAAGGAAUAUCAGAAAUCUAGAAGUACUCAAAGGCUCUGUUGGGAAACAAAAACUAUGUGUCAAAGAAGCUAGCCCAAGAUCCCGACUAUUUCUCCAAGUUAGCAAAGGGCCAGAGUCCAAAAUAUCUGUUAAUCGGAUGUUCUGAUUCUAGAGCUCCUCCAAAUGAAUUGACAGAGACAGAUCCAGGAGAAAUCUUCAUCCAUCGUAACAUAGCCAACGUGGUUAAUAUGACAGAUUUGAACGUAAGUGUUUCCUCUUAGCCUUAGUUAAAUUGCGUGGUCCAAUAUGCCGUGGAACAUUUGAAAGUCCAUAACAUCAUUAUUAUGGGUCAUACAUUCUGUGGUGGAGUAAAGGCAGCCAUGAAUUAGGACUCAGUAGGUGGUUUAUUGGAUCUGUGGCUCAAUAAUAUCAAACAUGUGUAUGAGAAGAAUCAACAUCUUGUGAAUUAAUUCUAGGAUGAGAAUGACAGAGUUGCAUGUUUAUCAUGCUUAAAUGUCAGAGAAUAAGUGCUUAAUAUGUGGAAGAAUCCAAUUGUCUAGAAGUCUUGGCAAAAUGGACAUCGUAUCUAAUUUUCAUUAAUUUACUAGCUGUUAUGAUACAUGGAUGGUUAUUCAGAGUCGAAACAGGCUUUAUUGAAGAACUAUAAAUUGAUGAGAGCAUCCCUGAAAAUUUGUCGAAUGUGUUCAGGUUGCAAUUCAAGAAUGCUUAACAAGCAACACAAAGUUAAAAUCAAGAUGAUAAAGAUGAGAAAAAUGUGCCUCCUUCAAACAGUGAGAAAUAUCAGCAAAUGCAAAACAAAUUAGAAAAUGAAUUCAGAAAGCUUUCACCUGACUCCUAAGAUUCUAAUCAAGAACCUUAGAAGGACGUGGUUAGCUAAAUUUCUGGUCUUCUUUAAGAUGACCCCAAUUUUAAAUAAGAAAAUAAAUGA